CGAACGUGGCUGCGUGAAUGUACGAAAUGAAGACAUAUUUUACAAAACAAUAACGACAAAAAAACAACUAUUAACUAUUAAGUUCUAUUAACGCGGAGGUGGAUACAUUGCAUAAACAACUUGCAGUCGAUUCAUGUAACAUAGGAUCUCAUGUCAUCCCUGGAACACAUGAAGAAGGACUGUUUCGCCUCUGGGACCUUGUCAUCGACCUCUUUAAAAGGCACUUUAACUAAAAUCCACAGCAGAAAACAUAAGCCUCGAAAAAGAUUUUUACCCAAAGGCCAAGAAGAGACGGAAGGGGAAUGUGAUAUUUGCAGUGUCUCUCUGCCUGGUUGUGGCCAAAGCAAUCGCACAGUUCACAGGAUCCUGGUUGCCUGCGUGGUGUCCUUCCUGGCUCUGUUCUGUGCUGUGGCCAUGGACUUCAGCUUCAGCCUGUCUCGGUGGCAGGCCGCUCAGAGCUGCGCGAGCCAGCUGGUCUCGUGCAGGACUCGUGCUGUGCUCCAACUCACUGCCGAGCUUCAGGCGGCCAGAAACGCCUGCCUGGAGGGAGGGAGUGCUCAUGGUGAGCUCAAGGUGGUCACGGGCUGCCCAUCUGAUGUCCUGUCGCUGGUCAGUAGCCACUGCUCGGGGACAGAAACAGACAGACUGGGGCGGCCAUGUGGCGCAGAGCUCUUCGAGUUUUGUCGGAAGCUUUGGUCCGAUAUUUCGGAGUUCGGCAAUAUGACGUGGAGAGAUGAGCACAGGGGAGGCAAUGGGACCCCUGUUUUCACUCUGGUGAUCGAAAAGAUAUUAGUCUCAUCAGGUGUCAAAGAUGUGGACAUUGGGCUUCUGAAGCACAGUCCAGACUGGGCGGACGUGCUCGCCCUGAAACUUCUCAUUACAUUCCAGGAACUGAACUAUCAAUGGAUGUUGGGUGCUGGUGGACCAGAAUUCCAGCAGGAAUGGUCACAAACAGUGGCUGCUCUGUCAGUCCUCCAGAACAUGUCCGAGAGCUUCCAGAGCUGCUGGAGAGAGAACGCUGAUCUCCACCAAACCAUCCCGAAAGACCUCCGCUUCCUCCUCUUCAUCUACAGGCCUGGCUCCUUUCCAGAAGGAUCCUCCACACUCAUUCACUCCCUGGCCAGUGUGCGGCACUGUUUCCUGACCAAGGCCACGGCCACCCUGGCCCUGAAGUGGCGGGACGUCUCCUCGGGCGUCAGCCUGAAGGUGUGCCUGCUCACCAUCACCUGCGUCAUCUACCCCGUGGUGCUGCUCUCCUUCAAGCAGAUGACGGAGUGGAUCCAGGGCUAUGCGCACAACCUCCGGGAGAAGACGGAGGACCUGAAAACCCAGAGGCGCCUGGCCGAGGAUCUCCUCCACCAGAUGCUGCCCAAGACUGUGGCCAAGCAGCUCCGCAAAAAACAACACGUAGAUGCCGAGAGCUACGAGAGUGUGACCAUUUUCUUCUCUGACAUCGUGGGUUUCACUGCUAUAUCAGCUUCCUGCACUCCACUGCAAGUGGUUGAGAUGCUAAACAACCUCUACAUGUGCUUUGACACACGCAUCGACUCCUACGACGUAUACAAGGUGGAGACUAUAGGUGACGCAUACAUGGUGGUGAGUGGACUUCCAGAGAGGAACGGGGACAGGCAUGCAGACGAGAUCGCCAAGAUGUCCCUGGACCUGGUGGCGGCUGUGAGACAGGUGGCCAUACCCCACAUGCAAAGUAAACGCCUUCAGCUCAGAGCUGGCAUACACACAGGCCCAUGUGUAGCCGGUAUUGUGGGCUACAAGAUGCCCAGGUACUGCCUGUUCGGAGACACUGUAAACACCGCCUCCAGAAUGGAGUCCACCAGUCUGCCUCAGAAGAUCCAUACGAGCUCAGCAACAUACCUGGCUCUGAUGAAGGACAAUGCAUAUGAGCUCCAACUAAGGGGAGAGAUUGAGGUGAAGGGCAAAGGAAAAAUGAACACCUAUUGGCUGAUUGGUCACAAAAAUUACAGUGUCCAGAACGACAGUCUGGUCUGCCACUGGAACCCCAACCUCUCCAGAAAGAAGAAGGCACUGAUAGGGAGCAGCGUCUCCGUGGGCAAUUCUAGUGUGAUGGUGCAGAGCGGAAGCACCACGCCGGUCCCUGCGGCCGAGCCUCGGCCCAGGCUGGAGGGCUUUGAGGGCACCGUGUGCGUGUCGGCCCAGGUGGAGAGCCAGCCGGAUGGCUACGGAGCACCAGGUUCUGGGGUUAGCCCGUUGCAGGGUGAGGAGGGCGGCUUUGGCCCACACAGCCACGGAGAGGCGCUACUGCCAGGCCUGGUGCCACACUGCUAAACUGGAAUGACUUAAAAAAAAUACCCAUGGCUUUUUCUAUUGGAUUUCUGAACAUGGAUCCAUGAGGUAAUGCCUCUUAUGCAUACACGUUCUGCUUGAUGACUAUUAUAAACAUAUGACACAUGAAAGGUGCUUCAGUCAGGAACGAGAAUAGAGGCUCAAAUGAUUUGUUUGUUUUUUUGUUUUGUUUUCUAGGCAUGCCCUCUAUUUCUGGAAUAACCAGAAGUAUAGCAGGAUCAGUGCCAAGCACAAAAGCACCAGCUAUUAUUGUGUUUCUACCUUGAAUUGCCAUACCCUCCGUUUUAAGCAUUGCCAUCAACUGAACUGCAGUAGCUCAUCUCAAACUGACUGGGGGGAGAAAAAGCUCUUUAUUUAGUCACGCGCAGUGAGUGAACAUUAUCCCAGGGAGCACACACCACAGUCAUUGUGAUGAAUACGUAAGACACACUGGCUUCGAGCGUGGGCCACAUACUGUAAAUGUAAAUGUGUAGGGAAAAAAAAGUUCAGUUUUAAAAGAUCCGUGGCUUCACCAAGCUGGUGUUUCUGCUGGUAAGCCCAAACAGUGAAUCAUUUUGUCCUGGAGUGCAUAGAUCUAAUUUAAAACUACAGUAUACCUUUAGCCAUUUUGCUUUGCUUCUAAGCUUUAUGCUGCCUGUUGAUUGGCUAUGAUGCUAUUUUCGACUGUGCAAUGAACAUUGUUUCUUUUAUCUAUUAGCCACUGUGGGUGUGUUUAUCCUGUUCUUUUAUUUUUUCUAAAUUAAGUGAUUGUCAUCCUUUCCAUACAUAUAACAGAGCUAGUUCAUCAAAAUGGCCAUUCGUUGUGUCUUUUGUUUAGAACCUUCUAGAAGACUUAUUAAAUGCGUAGAAACGAC